AUGGCGGACUACCAAGCGCUUCCUAGUGAUGACGAGAUCGAUGCUUUCACGGGGAAGGCAUUUUGGAGCUUGCCGUUGCUGCUCUUGUCAAUCGCUCCGUUCUUUGGCGCCUAUGCUCUUCUGGCAGAUGCAAAGAAGGACUGGCCGAUUCUGCUGUAUGGUGCCGGGGGCUGGUGGCUUGCUCUGCUGAUGCGCGUUCCCGUGGCUGUCUUGGCUGACUCAGCAUCACAGCAGUCAUGGCUGCAGCUCGUCACAACUCUCGUGUCCGGGCCGGCAGAGGAGAGUGUGCGGGUGACAAUGCUCUUCACCUUCGGCUGGGCCGCCCGCUUUGAUGCGACCUUUGCCUUAGGUUUGGGCUGGACGGCCUUGGAGCUGGUCUUCACUUGUGUGCAGUCGCUUGCGGCGACGCAGCUCCUGAAGGCGGCAAAGUCCGGGAAGGAUCCAAAGGCGGUCGAAGCAUUUCACCAACUCGCUGCGCAAAGUGGGCGAGACGAUCCCUUGAGUUUGCACCCGGCAUGGGGCAUCCUUGAGCGCUUCAGCGCUCACGAGCUCCACCUCGCGAUGGGGCUCCUGGGUGCGCUUUCCCCCUGGAUGGUGUUGGGAACUUCGUGCAUUCAUUCUGCUGUCAAUUGGUCCACCGAUUUCCUGAUGAAAAAGCGGGCGGAGGCUCGGUUGCAGGGCCUCGGGCGCACAGUUGUAAUAGAUGUCGGCAGCGGAAUUUGCAAAGCUGGAACUGCUGGCGAGGAUGAGCCAAGCUGCAGAUUCCCCUCAAUCAUCGGCAGACCCAAGCAAGCCAACGUCAUGCAGGGCUCUGGCGAGCAAGACCACUACAUAGGAGAGGAAGCUCAAGCGAAGCGUGGCAUCCUCAAGAUAUCGUAUCCCGUUGAACAUGGUAUAGUGCAGGACUGGGAGGACAUGGAGCUCAUUUGGAGGCAUACCUUCUUCAAUGAGCUGCGGGUUCAACCAACGGAGCAGGCCGUAUUGCUGGCCGAAGCUGCGCCGAACCCCAAGGCCAAUCGUGAACGGAUGACGCAGAUCAUGUUUGAGGUGUUCUACGUACCUGCCUUGUAUAUAACGACUCAGGCGGUGCUCGCCAUGUAUUCGUCUGGCAGAACAACCGGGAUUGUGUGCGACAGUGGAGAUGGUGUCACGCAUGUGGUGCCUGUGUACGAGGGCUUCUUGCUGCCGCAUGCCGUCGCUCGCGCUGACUUGGCGGGCAGAGACUUGACAGAGUACUUAAUGAAGCUGGUGGUUGAAUCAGGCACGUCGCUUUCUACCACUGCAGAGCGGGAGAUUGCACGUGACAUGAAGGAAAAGUGCUGCUAUGUCGCGGACAACUUUGAUGAAGAGCUGAAGAAGGCAGAGGCUACAAAUGCCUGCGCCUCCACUCACGAGCUGCCCGAUGGUAAUGUCAUUCGAUUAAACUCUGAGCGCUUCAAGUGCCCCGAGGCCUUGUUCAAUCCAGAGCUGGUUGGCCGGCCUGAAACAGAGGGCGUCCACACUCAGAUAUACAAGGCGAUCAUGAGGUGCGAUCUGGACAUUCGGAAGGAGCUGUUUGCAAAUGUGGUUGUGUCAGGUGGAAGUACCUGCUUUCCAGGCUUUGGCAGACGGCUUCAAGCCGAACUUGCAAAACUUAUACCCAGCACCGUGAGAAUACGUGUGCUGGCACCUGACGACCGCCGAUUUUCAGUUUUCAUUGGAGGUGCAAUGCUUGCUGAUUUGGAUCUAUUCACAGACAUGUGCGUUGACCGUACUGAGUAUCUGGAAGACGGGCCGGCGAUUGUGCAUAAAAAGUGCAUCUGA